AUGGCAACCGCCAUCAUGCAAAUGUCGCCGGCUCCCUCGCCAACAUCACCCUCGCGACGCCGCUCUCCAAACCUCUCCAUCGACCUCUCAGACUUGCCCGCGCUCUCGCAACCCACGCCACCCAGCAACACCCUCCUCAUAACCAACCUCAACGCCCCCGAAAUCUUCACAGCCGCGAACCUCGAGAGCAUAACCCAGGCAAUCAACCAGCAUGCAAAGAUCCACACCUUCUCGCCACUUAAAUCCAUGCGGCGGGUAAUCGUGACCUUCUGGACCACCGAAGACGCCAUCGCAAUCCGACAAGUUCUCGACGGCGAGACAGUGCUAGGGAGCAGAGUGCGAGUCUACUUCGGUCAAAAAACCAAGAUCGAGCAAGGAGACCAGCAUCUACACCUUCCACAGUCUCAGAAGCUCUUCUUCAUCUCGCCACCGCCCAGUCCCCCUGUCGGAUGGGAGAUGCGCAAUGAGGAGCCGCCGAACAAGGACGUGCAUGCGGAGGACUUAGCAGAUGCGCUUGCCAAGCUUCACGCGAGACCCGACGCCGAUGCAGCGUUGAGGGAGGACACGGAGGUGGAGAGACCGGCGAGGCUUACUGUCAACACGAGGCAACGAUCUGGGACGGGGACGAUCGUGUAUGAUCCGCAAGAGCAUGGGCACUCCCCUGAUCUGCCGGCGAUUGCUGUGGAGGACACGACAGAGUCUCCCCAGCCGCUGAGCCCGAUGGAGGGUGUUGAGAAGAAGUUCGUUCACACUGCGAGGCCACCGGUUGAGCUCAUGGAGCAAUGA